AUAUUAUUAUAAUUAAAAGUUUUUUUUGGUAAUUGAAGUGAUUAUCACAGCUAAAUACAGAGCAUUAAAGGAUAACUCUGUUCUCAAGUAUGCCCUGCCAUGCCCAACAACACACCAGAACCUUCGUCCUCUUCUACUCCCCAAUCCCCUUUAUAAAUCCCCCUCUCACGUCUCUCUCUCUCCCUGAGCAAAGUCAAACCCUCUGAGACUCUGUAAAAUUUCCAAAGCUCUGUUCUUUGGUUGUAAAUUUAAUUUAUGGCUUCCUCACUCUCCCUGCUCUGUUUCGCACUCUGCUUUUCAAGCCUCUCUGUUUCGUUCUCGGAGAUUGUGCUGAUGCCUUUAACCCACUCGCUCUCCAGAACCCAAUUCAACAGUACACAUCACCUCCUCAAAUCGACCUCCACCCGCUCCGCCGCUCGUUUCCGCGGCCACCACCUGCAGCGCCGCCAGGUCUCCCUCCCGCUCUCCCCUGGCAGCGAUUAUACGCUGUCGUUUACUCUGGGCUCCAACCCUCCCCAACCCAUCUCUCUGUACAUGGAUACCGGCUCCGACCUUGUCUGGUUCCCCUGUUCCCCCUUCGAAUGCAUUCUCUGCGAAGGGAAAUACAACCCGUCAACCACCGCUCCCCCACCCAAAGUCCCCAAAAAUGCCUCUGUUUCAUGCAAGUCCCGGGCUUGCUCCGCCGUCCACUCCUCCCACUCCUCCUCCGAUCUCUGCGCCAUUGCUCGCUGUCCUUUGGAGUCCAUAGAAAUGUCUGAAUGCUCCUCCUUCUCCUGCCCACCUUUCUACUUUGCCUACGCCGAUGGAAGCUUAAUCGCUCGCCUAUACAGAGACACCUUGUCCGUACCCACCUCACUCCAUUCUUCUCUGCUUCUUCCAAAUUUCACUUUCGGGUGCGCCCACUCGGCCCUUGGUGAGCCUAUUGGGGUCGCCGGAUUCGGCCGUGGCUUGCUUUCUCUGCCGGCCCAGCUCGCCGGCUUCUCUCCCCAGCUAGGCAACCGCUUCUCCUACUGCUUGGUCUCUCACUCCUUCGACCAAGACCGAGUCCGCCGGCCGAGUCCACUCAUUCUCGGUCGCCACGACGAGAAGAAAGAGUUGGGCACUGGCGGGAUUCGGUUCGUGUACACGUCGAUGCUCGAGAACCCGAAGCACCCCUACUUCUACUGCGUUGGGCUCGAGGGAAUCUCCGUCGGGAAGAGGAAUAUUCCGGCGCCGGAGGCUCUGAAACGAGUUGAUGGGAGAGGAAACGGCGGGAUGGUUGUGGACUCGGGGACCACGUUCACGAUGUUGCCGGCGAGUCUGUACGACUCGGUGGUGACCGAGUUCGACCGCCGAGUCGGGCGAGUUCACGAGCGGGCGAGCGAGGUGGAGGGCAAGACCGGGCUCGGGCCCUGUUAUUACUACCGCAAGGUCGUCAAUGUCCCUCGCGUGGUAUUGCACUUCGUGGGGAACGGAUCCAGUGUGGUGCUGCCUAGGACGAAUUAUUUUUAUGAAUUUUUGGACGGUGAUAAGAAGAGGAAUGUUGGGUGUUUGAUGUUGAUGAACGGUGGAGAUGAUGAGGAGUUGGAUGGUGGGCCUGCCGCCACACUCGGGAACUAUCAGCAGCAGGGGUUCGAGGUGGUUUAUGAUUUGGAGGAGAGGCGGGUCGGGUUUGCCCGGAGGCAUUGUGCAGCGCUUUGGGAUACGUUGAACCAGAGCUAAUGUGGAUAGGGCUUGUGUACAUAAACAACCAAAACCGAAACUGGUAGAGUUGACUUUUGGGGGUGUCUGACCAUCUGAGAGGCUUGGACUCGAACUCGGAGGUUUUGAGUCUAUAAAUGAAUCGGAUUAAGGAAAUAAAAAAAUAGGGUUUAGGGUUGAACUUGAACUUCACUUGUUGCUUCUUGCAUGUGAAGUAAGAUGUAUAAAAAUGUUGAUAAAGUAGUGAUGCUUGAAGCAAAAAAUGAAGUGUGUAGGUAGAGUUUGAAGAAAGUAUGAGAUUUUAUGUGUUUAUUUGUAAAUUGUGGUUUUAAAUGUGGAGCUUAUUAUAAAAAUUCAUAAUUGAUUGACCA